UACAAUAACCGGUGGCGUGGACGCGGCUUGGGUCUGUUUUCCGUCCUGCAGCGUUUGCAGAACAGCGUGCGUAAAGUGCGCGUAACGCAAGAAGCGCGCAGACGUCGCGUGCUGGACGUUACAAACGCAAACAUUUUGGCUGAUGAAGCUGACUCCGUCGUUUGCGCUUCGAACAUUUUUAAUAUACGACACUACCCCGCUGCAAUCAGAUUUCCCCACACAGUCUGGAGGCGCUGCGCACCACAGCAGUCAUUGCGUCACGCGCACGUAACGGCACGGCGUGAGUCCGGGCGGAGGAGACGACCAGAGCUGGUGAGCGGGGACGAACGCGGCAGGACAACUUUCACACAACAUCAGCACCCGCACUGACAAAGGCCCCAAACUAUUGAUUCCUGCCCAGCGGUGUCAUAGAAGACCAAAUACAGGCAUGGCGUUCAGAGGCACAGUCACAGACGCUCCCGACUUCGAUCCCAGCGCUGAUGCCGAGAGCCUCUACAAUGCUAUGAAGGGCAUCGGUAGCGAUAAAGAGGCCAUCUUGGACCUGAUCACGUCAAGGAGCAAUGCACAGAGGCAGGAGGUCAUCGCAGCGUACAAGUCUAGCUUUGGAAAGGACCUGAUCGAUGAUCUGAAGUAUGAGCUGACGGGCAAGUUUGAGCGUCUCAUUGUUAGUCUGAUGAGAAAGCCAGCAUACCACGAUGCCAAAGAAAUCCAUGAUGCAGUCAAAGGUGUUGGGACAAACGAGAAGUGCCUGAUUGAAAUUCUGGCUUCCAGGAACAACAAACAGAUACAUGAUAUGGUUGAGGCCUACAGGGAUGCCUAUGGCAGAGACAUAGAGGAGGAUGUAGUUGCAGACACGUCCGGUCAUUUUAAGAAGAUGCUGGUUGUUUUACUGCAGGGGACCAGAGAUGAGUCGGGGGUAGUGGAUGCAGACCUGGUGCAGCAGGACGCACAGGACCUGUAUUCAGCCGGAGAGGAGCAGUGGGGGACAGACGAGGCCAAAUUCAUUAUGAUCCUGGGAAACCGCAGCGUCACCCACCUGCACAUGGUGUUCGAUGCGUACGAGGCUAUUGCAGAGAUGUCCAUUGAGGACAGCAUAAAACAUGAGCUGUCUGGAGACUUCGAGAGGCUAAUGCUGGCAGUUGUCCAGUGCGUAAGGAGUCUGCCCAUGUUUUUUGCCAAGCGUCUUUAUAAGUCAAUGAAGGGACUCGGUACGGCUGACAACACCCUGAUUCGAAUCAUGAUUUCUCGCUCUGAAAUUGACAUGUUGGACAUUCGAGAGUGUUUCCGUCUCGCAUACGAGAAGUCACUGUACAACAUGAUUAAGGACGACACAUCGGGGGAUUACAAGAGGACACUGCUCAAUUUGUGUGGAGGAGAUGACGACCUAGCUGGAGAGUUCUUCCCUGAAGCCGCUCAAAUAGCCUACAAGAUGUGGGAAUUAAGUGCCAUGACCAAAGUGCAGCUCAGGCCAACAGUUCGCCCGGCGCCUAACUUUGAUCCUGCUGCCGACGCACAAGCCCUGAGGAAAGCUAUGAAGGGAUUUGGAACAGACGAGGAUGCAAUAAUUGAAAUUGUUGCAAGGAGAAGCAAUGCCCAGCGGCAGGAGAUCAGACAGACGUUCAAAUCCCUACUGGGAAGGGAUCUGAUGAAGGACUUGAAGUCUGAACUGUCAAAGAACUUAGAGAGGCUCAUCAUUGGACUCAUGUUGACACCGGCGGAGUUCGACGCCAAAAUGAUGAGGAAGGCGAUAGAGGGAGCUGGGACAGAUGAACACGCUCUGAUCGAGAUCCUAGUCACCAGAAGCAACGAGGAAAUACUUGCCAUGAAUGCUUCCUACAAGAGCACCUAUAAGAAGUCUCUGGAGGAAGCCAUUCAGUCGGACACAUCGGGUCACUUCUGCCGCAUUCUGGUUUCUCUGGUGCAGGGUGCAAGAGAGGAGGACCCUGCAGAUCUGGAAAGAGCAACUGCCGACGCUCAGGAACUUGCCAACGCGUGCAACUCAGAUUCUGAUGACAUGGAAAUGAAGUUUAUGAGCAUUCUUUGCACCAGAAGCUUCCCUCAUCUCAGAAAAGUAUUUCAGGAGUUCGUCAGAUACACCAACAAGGACAUCGAACAGAUUAUCAAAAAGGAAAUGUCUGGAGAUGUGAAAAAUGCAUUUUACGCCAUUGUCCGCAGUGUAAAGAACCAGCCCUCGUACUUCGCAGACCGUUUGUACAAAGCCAUGAAGGGCCUUGGCACAGAUGACAGAGCGCUGAUCCGCAUCAUGGUCUCCCGCAGCGAGCGCGACCUUUUCAACGUGCGCAAAGAGUUCAAGGAAACGCACGAUGUGUCACUCCACGAAUUCAUCCAGGUAGAAACUAUGAUCAGUGAUACUUCUGGUGACUACCGAAAAACUCUGCUGGUGCUGUGUGGAGGGGAGGAUUAAACUCAUGGCGUCUCUGCAGGACAAGGAGAGAUCACCGCUGCCACUCUUCAGCCAAACGAAGCCUUGCGAAGCAGUUUUCUGUCUUUAUGUCUGAUGGUUAGCAUUUAUUUAAUUUUAAAUGUCAAGCUUUGCGUGAAGAGCUUUGUAGGAAGAGGCCUUACACACGCAGGAUGUUUGAUCAGUACGUACUCAGUGCCUUCAGACAGAUGGCCAGUUAAUAAUUACCAUACAUCAUUAUAUACACUGUAUCAUACAUACAGAGCCUGAAUGAAAUAAACAACAUAAAAAGUG